AUGUAUCGUAACUUUCUUUACGCAGCGUCUCUCCUUUCUGUGGCUCGCAGCCAGCUUGUCGGCACUCAGACCACUGAAACUCAUCCUGGUAUGACAUGGCAGUCAUGCACUGCCAAAGGAAGCUGUACAACUUGCUCCGACAACAAAGCAUGCGCUUCGAACUGCGCUGUUGAUGGUGCCGACUACAAGGGCACCUACGGAAUCACGGCUAGUGGAAACUCACUCCAGCUCAAGUUCAUUACCAAAGGGUCGUACUCUACCAACAUUGGUUCCCGCACAUACUUGAUGGCGUCUGAUACCGCCUACCAAAUGUUCAAAUUCGAUGGCAACAAGGAGUUCACUUUCGAUGUGGACCUUUCAGGCCUGCCUUGUGGCUUCAACGGUGCUCUAUACUUCGUCAGCAUGGACGAAGAUGGUGGUCUAAAGAAGUACUCUGGUAACAAGGCUGGUGCAAAGUACGGAACUGGUUACUGUGAUGCUCAAUGCCCAAGGGAUCUGAAAUUUAUCAAUGGCGAGGGCAAUGUCGAAGGAUGGAAGCCUUCAGACAACGAUGCGAAUGCCGGUGUUGGUGGUCACGGCUCCUGCUGCGCGGAGAUGGAUAUCUGGGAAGCGAAUUCCAUCAGUACAGCAGUUACACCCCACGCUUGCAGCACUAUCGAACAGACUCGCUGCGACGGCGACGGCUGCGGUGGUACAUACUCAGCUGACCGCUACGCCGGCGUAUGCGACCCCGAUGGCUGCGACUUCAAUGCUUACCGCAUGGGUGUCAAGAACUUUUACGGCAAAGGCAUGACUGUCGACACUUCCAAGAAGUUCACUGUCGUCACACAAUUCAUCGGUACUGGCGACGCUAUGGAGAUCAAGCGCUUCUACGUCCAAGGUGGCAAGACCAUCGAGCAGCCAGCAUCUACCAUUCCUGGCGUGGAAGGCAACUCAAUCACCACAAAAUUCUGUGACCAGCAGAAACAGGUGUUCGGUGAUAGGUACACAUACAAGGAGAAGGGUGGAACUGCCAAUAUGGCCAAGGCUCUUGCACAAGGCAUGGUGCUGGUCAUGUCGCUCUGGGACGACCAUUACUCCAACAUGUUGUGGCUUGACUCAACCUACCCGACCGACAAGAACCCUGACACUGAUCUCGGUUCUGGCCGUGGCUCAUGCGACGUCAAAUCUGGUGCACCAGCUGAUGUGGAAAGCAAGAGUCCUGACGCAACUGUCAUUUACUCCAACAUCAAAUUUGGUCCUCUUAACUCGACCUAUUAG